CACGUCAACAAAGUCGCUGUGCAGACGGAGCUCAUCCAGCGACAGCAGCUGUAUUGUAGUGAGAGGAAAUAUCUAUACAGACCAUGGAGACAUUAUACAGUAUACCGUUUGUUGUGCUGGAGUGCCCUAACAUCAAACUGAAGAAACCUUCGUGGCUGCACAUGCCGUCUGCUAUGACUGUGUAUGCGGUCGUUAUUGUGUCCUACUUUCUCAUCACAGGAGGUAUCAUCUACGAUGUUAUUGUAGAGCCACCAAGUGUGGGUUCAAUGACUGAUGAGCAUGGACACCAACGGCCAGUGGCCUUUUUGGCAUACAGAGUAAACGGGCAGUACAUUAUGGAGGGACUGGCCUCCAGUUUCCUCUUCACGAUGGGAGGCCUGGGCUUUAUAAUCCUGGACCGCUCUAAUGCACCAAACAUUCCCAAACUGAACCGCUUCCUGUUGCUCUUUAUCGGUUUUGUCAGCGUUCUCCUCAGCUUCUUCAUGGCCAGAGUGUUCAUGCGCAUGAAGCUGCCAGGAUACCUCAUGGGCUAAAGACAAAAAGAUGAUCUGGAUGGACCGAGGACAUCAAAUGCAUGUGGCCCAGCAGGCAGUUCAACUAAAGUUAUUGAUAAACUUGACCUUUUGAUAUAAUCAGACAACCAUUAAGGACUGAAAGCACCGGACUUUGUCAAGAAAUUAGACCCAAUGACUUCCUGUCCUCUCCUUUUCUCCAAAUUUCUAAACUUUGUCACAGUCACAUCAUUAUCACCAAUUUUCCCAUAUCCAGGUCCCUCUUAGUGUAGUGCAUCUGUAGCACACUAAUUUCACAUCUCUAAACAGAAGAUAGCAGUACCAUGCAGCAGUUGAAUUAGUCACUGGAGAAGAAAAAGGAAGUUACUGAACACUGAUUUGGAAUCAGGAUAAGCACUGCGUGAAUCAUUUAGAGGGGAUUCUGAAUAAUGUUGAAUUUUUUUUUUUUUUUUUUGUAAAGAAAUUAUUGAAAAAAGCUUUGAACCUGUCACAGUUGCAUUUUUGUACAAGGGUGUGAAAUAAAUCUUCUUUUCAGAGCUCCUUGGAGCCAUCAUA